AUGGCGACACCGUUGCUAUCAAAUUUGAAAAACUAUCAUCGCUUCGCAGCUCAUUCUCCUUGGAUUGGCUCAAACACGAGUCGACUUCUUACUUACAAACCAUCACAUUUAAUACCUGCUUCACCUUACAAACCGAUAAUUCCAUCUUCUCAAAUUCCAUCAUUACGACAAAUAAUAAAAACCCCGAGCAAUAUUUCUGUCACAGAAGGAAGCAUUGACAGAUUGGCAAAUCUCAAUGGUGUCGUUAACCGAAAGGUUUCGACGUCAACUGCUCGCUCACCAAAUGUCAAAUUUCCAAAUAUGAGCCCCUAUGCAUCUGCCAUCCGAUUUUUUCCAUCGACCACAAAGAAAGCAUAUGUUGAUACUGUCCCAACCAUGCCGACACCAGAAGAGGAUGUUAGCGAAGAAGGAUUACAAAGACUUAAUGAAAUCAAGAAUGCGAAGCUCAUAUUCAAUCAGGCUUGGAAGAAUAUCGAAUUAGCAUACGGGAAAGAAAACAUAAAUCUCCCAAAAGAGAUCAUUUGGUUGAUGGGGGCACCUGGGAGUGGCAAAGGAACACACACCAAUUCAAUUCUAAAGGCUCGUGGAAUAACCAAUCCAGCGAUUUGUAUGUCAUCCCUUUUAUCCACUCCAGAUUGCAAAGACCUUAUAAACAAGGGCCAAAUGAUCAGUGACGGAAAGGUUUUAGAAAACUUAUUACGUGCACUUCUUAAUUGUGAUCCUACCGUGGGAUGUCUUGUCGAUGGAUUCCCUCGCACGGAUAUCCAGGCCGAAUGCCUGAAACUUUUGUACGACAAAAUGCACGAAUUGCGUCGAGAACAUUGGAAAACACCGUUGCAGGACAACUUCCCUCGUCCCACGUUCCGUAUUUGCGUCUUGUAUGUCGAUGAGGAAGUAUCCGUAGCCCGUCAGUUAUCACGAGGAAAUAAGAUACGAGAACACAACGCUCAAGUUCGAAUGACGGGACAAGGGGUACUUUUAGAGGAACGGGUUACCGAUUACGACGAAAUGUUAAUUCGAGCGCGCUACCGGAUAUUCAAAGAACAUUUUGGGGCUUUGAUGAAACUUGGAAAACUAUUCCCAUUUCAUCUCAUCAAUGCUAUCGGAACCAUCGAUGAUGUGAUGCACGUGAUCAUUAAAGAAUUCGAGUACCAGAGUUCUCUCGAACUUG